AUGGACGCGCCAUACGAAUCGCAAUCUUAUCUUACACUAAAAGUGACGCGUCAAUCGGGCCCGAUAUCCAAAAACAAAAAAGAUUCCCUAACAGAGCAUAAUGUUGGCAUCGCGGCUGAGCCAAAACCCUUUAGCGUAAUUACUCAACCAACAAAAAUUAAUAUGAAAGAAAUUACCGAAAGUGAACCGUCAUCAACCACAAGCAGUGCAACAGAUAAUAUAUAUUUGGGCGCAACAUUUGAUAGCUACUUCACUAUAACAAAUGAAUCAUCCCACUAUGUUCGGGAUGUAGGUUUAAAAGUAGAAUUACUAACUUCCUCACAACGCUUAUUAUUAGCCGAUAAUACUGUAAAUGGCCCAAUUCAACAAAUGGAACCUGGUAAAGUUAAGGAAUUCGUUAUAAAACACGAAAUCAAAGAAUUAGGUGUCCAUAAUAUAGUUUGUUCGUAUCAAUAUACUACAAAUGAGGGUGAAAAAAAGUUUAUUAAAAAGUAUUAUAGAUUUCAUGUAUUAAACCCUUUUGCCGUGAAAACUAAAGUUAACAAUAUGGGCAAUGGAACUGUGUUUUUGGAAGUACAAAUACAAAAUGUUGCUGAAAGGUUUAUGUAUUUGGAAAAAAUGAAAUUUGAAUCCGGCGAAGUAUUUGAUUAUCAAGAUCUGAAUUACGUUGUUGAAAAUGGUAAUGUUGAUAAUAUUAAAGAAAAGGACAUUAGUGUGUUGAGAAAUGAUAAUGAAGGAAUUAAUUUAGUAGACGACGAAAAUUCUAGCAAAGCAACUAGUGAAUCUAAAGAUAAUUUGGUUGAAAUGCAAGAAAUAAAAGCAUCAGAGUCGACACAACGAGAACGACGAUAUAGCGAAAAAUCAAUAAUAUCAUCAAAUCAAUCAGAGCUUGCAGUUGUACCGCUGGAACAGGAAAGCAUAUUUGGGAAUAACAGUUAUCUCAAUCCUCAUGAUAUUCGUCAAUAUCUGUACAUGCUAACACCAAAAUUUGGCAUAGAAGAUCGGAUAGCACGUACAUCAAAUGCGCUGGGAAAACUUGAUAUUGUAUGGAGAUCAAAUUUGGGAGAAACUGGCCGUUUACAAACAUCACAAUUAUCACGUAAAUCUCCCGUGCUCGAUGAUAUAGAGUUGUCUGUAACAACAAUUCCGCCAUUGAUACAACUCGAAAUACCAUUUAAAUUAGGAUGUCGAAUUAGAAAUCGAACAACAUCAACAUUUAAAAUAUUAAUUUCGGCGAUAAAGAAUAAGAUGGGAUCAGUAUUGCUAAGUGGACCAAGUAGCGAAAUGUUGGGUGAAUUAGUACCUGAUGGAACUAUUGAUUUUAGUUUAGAUUUCUUCCCAUUAAGUCCUGGAUUACAAAGAGUUGGUGGACUAAAGAUUUCUGACAUAAUUUCUGGAUAUACAAAAGAGAUUGAUCAUUUUACUGAUGUUUUUGUUUUGUUUACUCAGUAA